AACAUGGAGAACUACAACUCCCGCUGUUAACAUCCGCAGCGGAAAACUACAACUCCCAUUACCCUCGACUUCCUGUGACGCGCGUCAUCACCACCAUGGCUGGCAGACUUGGUUCGUUUCUGAAGAACGCCUGGUCCAAGGAGCCCGUUGUGACGGCGGCUUGUGGAAUCGGACUCCUGGCUGUGAUCCUGCCGCUGGUCAGCCCCUACACUAAAUACGCUGGCAUGAUGAACGCAGCCGUUCCCUACAACUACCCAGUUCCAGUGAGGGAUAAUGGGGCCCUGCCAGACGUUCCGAAGCACCCAUGUGACCCAGAGGGACCAAGCCUGGAUUGGCUGAAGAAGAUGUAAGACCACGCCCAUCAGGACUCGGGACACCCCCCCAGCCCCACCCCCUGUACUGUGAAAUGACAAUAAAAAAUGUUUAUUUAAUUUAA